GUUAUGGUCCUUUUACGUCACACAACAAGAGACACCAGUGAACUUAUUAGCUAACAUGCUUGUAACAAGUAGCUCAUCGCUGGUAAGUUGAAUAUAGGUUUUUUUUAAACUUGAUGGUGGUGGUACCGAAUCAAAGGCUGCUCUGGACCUGUGAGUGGGUUGUGUGAGUGCAGUGGUUGAAAGGGUUGAGCCGCGGUGUUGAAUGAACAUGUGGAGCUCCGGCCGCCGUGUCCUUCAGGAUCUGCUCAGCCAGUCUGCUGUAAGGAGUUUUUCUCUGACUCCAGUUCAGGACACAGUAGUGGUAGAGCGAUGGUGGCAAGUCCCCCUGUCCAAAGUAGGCAGUCCCCCGAGACUUCACCCUCGAAGACACAGAAUCUACAAGGUGGUUGAAGAUACCAAACAUACUUCCAAGGAAAAGAUGGAGCUCAUUCUUACUCAGACUGUACCAAAGCUUGGUGGUCGAGGAGACGCUGUGUUUGUGAAGAAGUCUAUUGGUCGAAAUAAGUUGUUGGCCCAAGGCCUCGCAGUUUAUCCAUCACCAGAGAAUAAGCAGAUGUUUUCUGAGGAGUUGAGACUUCUGCGUGAAGGGAAACCAGAGGACAGAAUCCAAACCCAUACUGGGCAAAAGACAGUGGAGUUUCUGAAAGGCUGCAAACUGAAGAUAAACAAAAUGCCCUGUGAGGAAUUCCAGCUAACUAAAGAUGUAGUUUGCAGACAGUUUAACAAGAAGUUGGGCGUUGUUGUGCCACCUUCUGCAUUGAAUCUUCCAUUUCAGCCAAUUAAGGACUUGGGUGACUACUGGUGUGACGUUACAGUGAAUGGAAUGGACACAGUUCGUGUACCUAUGUCACUAUUGCCAUAUGAAGACCUGUCUGCAAGCUACCAAAAGCAGCUGAAGGUACAGAGGCAGCAGCAGGCAGCCGCUGUGCCUUCUGCUGAUGAGGAAGACGCUGUUUUGAAGGGUGUUUCAGAUCCGGCAGAUCUGGAUGCUGGCACAGACUCUGUGAGUCAGAUUUCAGUCUCGGCAGGAAACUCUGCUGCCGAGGAAACCAAACAGAAGGCGGAGGAUGCAACAGCCUCGCCAAGUGGCAGCCCAGAUAAAAAUUAAAGGACUCUAAAUGAAAUGGUUCACAGCUGUAUAGGAUAUUUGUUUCCCAUUUAACACACAUAGUAAAAUGUAUCUGUUGAAGAAUGCAUUGCACAGAACAAAUUUGAGCAAGUCAACAGUCUGGAUCUUGAUCUGUUAUUAAAGCAGUAAUGUGUUAGAAUAAAAACUUCAAUAUGAUGUCUGUUGUGGAAAAUAAAAAUGUUGCAGUUAUUAAGGUUUUAAAUCAAAAUAAUUUGUUGGUAAGGUGAAGGCCUUUAUAUACUGUUAUAGUGAAGUAAAUCACUACAUCAUUACAUUUAUUUUAUAAUUGCACAACACAAAUAUUAGGUCAAAAAAGAAAAAG